AUGGCUGACCCCUCUCUCUACACCUAUCCUUCACCUCUUGAAGGCUAUGAGAACUUGGCUCCUCUUGGAACUGACGUAUCACCUGACGGAAAAAGUCUUUUAAACCCGGAGACUGGAAUUAAGAGCAAGAGUUAUGAGAAGUUCACAGAGCCUUUGGAUAGUGGAAUCCGGGGCGCGUUCGAUGUACACAUCUAUCAUUUCCAGAAGAACAAGGAGCAAGCCAAGUUUGCCAGAGAAUUGUGGGAGAGGAUUAGAAGAGAAUUUCCGGAGCUUCGCAUCUAUAGAUUCUGGGAAGAACCAAUUGGGCCUCAUCCUGUUGCUAUGUUCGAAGUGAAUAUUUUCACUCCGCAACAAUUUGGCGCUUUCAUACCUUGGCUGGUGAUUAACAGGGGUCCGUUGAGCGCGUUGGUUCACCCAAACACGGUUGAUGAGAAAGGAGAGGUAUUAGAUGAAGAGAGAGACCAUACGCAGAGAGCGAUUUGGAUGGGAGAAAAACUUCCACUAGAUUUGAGUUUGUUUAAGAAGCUAAAGUAG